UUUAAGAAAUUAUGUAACCUGAACAAGUACACACUGGCCACCAAAUGCCGCUACAAAAAAACAUUUUAAGUUCUCUCCUUGCAAGGACUGCGGCAUGGACACGGCAUCCCACCUCAAGUUUCCUGGUCCAGCGAACCUACUCCUCCCAACCAGUGGAUCUGAGUUUUGAUCUGUAUUCACAUGAUAACCCCACCAAGCUGCCACUGGUCACCCUGCACGGGCUCUUCGGCUCCAAGCAGAACUGGCGCGGAAUAAGUCGUGCUCUGUCGAAAACGAAUCCCCGAAAUAUCUAUGCCAUAGAUGCCCGCAACCACGGCGAGAGCCCUCACACUGAGGAGCACAACUCGUCGAGCAUGAGCGCGGAUGUGCGACAUUUUCUGGAGCAACGGGGACAACCCAUGGCUGCUUGUUUGGGCCACAGCAUGGGCGGCCGGACCAUGAUGUACUUCGCUCGAGAGAACCCGACGAUGGUGGAACGAUUGAUUGUGGUGGACAUAUCACCGAUUGGCCUGCCGCGUUCCACAGCCCAAAUGAAGCUCAUCUUUGAUGCGAUGCUCAGCAUGAAUAUUCCAAACACCUUGUCCAUGUCCGAGGGCCGAAAGUUGGCGAAGAAUCUACUGAAAGAUCUUGACAAUGAAACCGUCGACUUUAUCAUGCUUAAUCUACGGAAAAAUUCGGAAACUGGCGAGUUCUCUUGGGCCUGUAACGCUCAGGUGCUUAGUAGAUUUACAUCCCGCAUCGACGAGUAUCGGAAUAAGUCGGACCUACUGCCACCGUACACAGGACCCACUACUUUCAUUUGCGGAUCGAGAUCGCCUUACAUGAAGGAAGAUCACUGGCCACAAAUUCUAGAAAUAUUCCCCAACGCCGAGAUUCAUUGGCUGGAUUCCGGACAUCUGGUUCACUUUGAGCGCCCGCAGGAGUUUCUCUCGAUAGUCACCGAGUUCCUCAACAGAUCGUAGAGCAACGGAAGCAUAAAAUUAUUUGUUUUAAAACCACAUUCAUAAAUAAAUUAUG